CAUGGACAGUCUUGCCUCUCUUACAUCUUCUCGUAUGAAUAUAUAUUGGGUUCUUGAAUUGGUUGUGGCAUCUCAAACCUUCGAGCAUUCUGAGGCACGAACUAAAAACAAGAAAAGAAAUGGCUACCUUUUCAGCUAAGAGCAAUGCCAAGUACUCUGUUAGAUCCACUAGCUUGCCUUCCAGAUCCCACCCCACCACUGCCAAAGUGGAUGGCGAGCUCGACAAGCUCAAGUCGUGGGAAGCUAGCUCGGCUUCAUCUUCCAGGUCGAUCCGGGCUGGCAUCUCGGUCUUGGAGGAGUUGUACAUUUCCGUGGAUGAGCUUCUCAACAUGGCCUCAACCUCGCAAGUCCUCUCUUGCAAUCAGGACGAGAGGUUUACUGACGAACUGCUGGAGCAAUCUGUGCAGCUAAUUGAUAUUUGUGGCUCUGCCAGGGAGAUUCUGGUGUACAUUAAGGAAGAUGUUAGAGUGCUCCGAUCCGCGAUCCGGCGGAGAAAGGGCGACUCAAGCAUCAAAGCCGAGAUCGUCGGUUACAAUAACUUGAGAAAGAAAAUGAAGAAGGAUGUGAAAAGAUUGGCUUCUUCGCUGAAGAAAAUGGAAGCAAACUUCGGAGCCUCAUCACUCUUGGUCCAGAAUCCCGAUGAUCAGCAUUGGUUGGCUGUUGCAAGGGUCCUCAGGGAAGUAAAUUCAUCGAGCAUUUCGACAUUUCAAUCUCUCAUGUCGUUGCUAGCCCCACCAACCUCAAAGCCAAAGCAGAUUCUUUGGCCGCUGAUCACGAAACUGAUGCACAAGGGCACGAUCACCUGUGAUGGAAACCAAGAAGAAGGGAACGAGUUUGAAUGCGUCGAUGUUGCGUUGAACGACCUCUGUAAAUGUCUCUCCCGUGGAGGAGCUGGUACUGAGCGAUUGCAGAUCACAAACAAGCAGCUGGAGAUUCUAGAGGUCUGCACUGGAAGCCUUGAGGAUGACUUGGAGUGCUUGUUUAGGCACUUGAUUAAGACUAGGGCCUCUCUUUUGAACAUCAUCUCUUAGGAACAGAUUGUUUCUCUUGCUAUCCAGUUUUGGUCCUUGAGUCAUCCAGUUUUUUCUGCGGAGC